CGUCCCUUCUCGGCGCGCUGUGUCUUGUGGGUGGAGACGGAGGGAACGGGUUUGGCGUCUCUGGCCGCGCUGCUGAUCGGGUGCUAGGAUCAGAUGCUGGGACCUUUCAAUUAGCUUUAGCAGAAGAGAAAUGGAGGAGCCAUAGAAUGAUAAGAAUGAAUUCAGGAAGACCUGAGACCAUGGAAAACUUGCCUGCACUCUACAGUAUUUUUCAAGGAGAGGUUGCUAUGGUAACAGACUAUGGAGCCUUUAUCAAAAUCCCAGGCUGUCGGAAGCAAGGUCUGGUCCAUCGAACUCACAUGUCUUCCUGUCGUGUGGAUAAGCCCUCUGAAAUAGUAGAUGUUGGAGACAAAGUGUGGGUGAAGCUUAUUGGCCGAGAGAUGAAAAAUGAUAGGAUAAAAGUGUCCCUGUCCAUGAAAGUUGUCAACCAAGGAACUGGGAAAGACCUCGAUCCUAACAACGUUAUCAUUGAGCAAGAAGAGAGACGGAGGCGAUCAUUCCAGGAUUACACUGGCCAGAAGAUCACCCUUGAAGCUGUCCUAAACACUACAUGCAAAAAGUGUGGCUGCAAAGGCCACUUUGCAAAAGACUGUUUCAUGCAGCCAGGUGGGACCAAAUAUUCUCUGAUACCUGAUGAGGAAGAGGAGAAAGAAGAGGCAAAGGGGGCAGAAUUGGAGAAGCCUGAUCCCACAAGGAAUUCCUCCAGAAAAAGAAAGAAGGAAAAGAAGAAAAAGAAACACAGAGACAAGAAGUCAUCUGAUUCGGACAGCUCAGACUCGGAGAGUGACAUGGGCAAGAAGGCAAGGCGCGCCUCAAGAGACAGCAAGGCGGCGAGGAAGAAGAAGAGGAAAAAGCAGCACAAGAAGAAGCAUCGGGAGUGAGGAUGGACAGGGCGGGCCGCUGCGAGCCCUGCGCUUGUGGCCCAGCUCCUAAGACUCAAGGGAGAGGAGAUGGCCUCCCCUGUUGUGCAGCUGACAAGUUGGGGAACUAGAGGUCAGAAGCAGUUCCCUAAUGAUUAAUUGCUUCCUUAUUGCUCCUGAUUCCUUUGCAAGUGCCCCCUGCAGCCCAUGCAUCCUUCCAGGUCAUUUCUUUCAUUCAGCGGGGCUCCUGUUACCCUCCUCAGCUGCCACUGCCAGAGCUGGGCUCCUCUGCGGGAAGGAGUACAGCCUAGAGCCACAGCACUGCCGGGAGGGCAGCAGAGUGAGGAGCCCUGCGUGCGUGCGUGGUCUCACACAGGUUGGUGGGUGCUCUCUGCUGCCUCCAGGGACAACGGCAGACGUGUAGCAGGAGGGUGAGCGUGGUAAGAAGCAGCGCUCACUUCCAUUCCCUCAACAUGGGUCUGCUUUGCUACAAAUGACAGCCAGUGGCCACACCCAGAAAAUAAUCGUUUAUAGUUUAUAGUAUAUGUUGUAUAAAACAUUUCAACAGA